AUGACGCUCCGGAAUGAUCCAGUCCGCCGCCGUUAUUUGACGGACAAGCUGGCCAAAUGUCGGGCCAACGUGCUUGACCAGGCACGGACGUGGACAUUCCUCUGGUUCGGAGUCCCGUUCAAAGUCCCGAAGCAGUCCCGCGCGCAUAAGCCGCACGUUCGUGCUGUCCUGACCAUCACCUUCAAGGAUUUCAGAGACACUUACGCUGCAGACGAGAGCAGCCAUGGGAAUCUCACGUGGACUCGCGAGCCUCAUGUCGGAGGCCUCCCGUUCUCACACCCGGCUUUCGAGACCGGGCUGCACAAGUCAUUCUUCAAGGGCAAGCCCAUGCCUGUGGUUGUCAAGCUAUACCACAUUGCUUACUACCUGGCAGGGGUCGAGCACCGUAUUAUCCAUGAUGGCGAGGAUCUGGAGAACCACGCGGGCCCCAACAUCGCUCUUGUCGCCACUUACUUGCGCAAGGUGACAGCGUGGUGCAAGGCGGCGAUCAUGGCGCCGUCCGUAAAUGGUAGCGGGCCGUGGUACGUAGCCGGCCAGAAGGCAUGGGCCUUCUCCAGGAACGAGACGAUCCUCAUCUCGACAGAUAGGAUCGAAGAGACCGAAGGCAUCAACCGUGCACCGCAGCCCGUGGACGCACCCGUGGCUUGA